AUGAAUCAAUAAUUUUUUGGCAACUCAAGAUUGGCAAUCCAAAGAGCUCAAUAACUUCAUUAAUUCUUCACAGAGUCAGUCAUAUAUGACUAAUUCAAAUACACAGCUAAAAUGCCUCAAUAUCCAAAGAUUGUAUUUUUGCAAUCAAAUCCAUUUGUAAGAAAUUUAGUUGAGAAACAAUUUAUUCAAUAUUCUAUUAUAGAUGCUUAGAAGAAAACAGGAGAAGACAGUGUUGCAAGAUUGGCUGAAUAAGUUCAAUUGUAAUCCACUUAAACUAAUGGUGCAUUGUUAUUUGGAUACCCUAAUAAUGCAAAUGAAGCAGAGAAACUCGAUCGAUUAUUGGAUGGUGUCAAUUUGGCUAUCAGAUUCAAAUUGUCUGAGUCAUUGGCAUAGAAGAUUGCAGGAUCGUACUUAUCCUGUUAAUCCUGUGGCAAAGUGUUCAAUACAAGUCUACCAUUUGUCACUCCAACUCAUCCAGGAUAUCAGAAUAAUUGCCAAACUCCAAGCAAAUGUGCUUUAGAAUAGAGUUCUGCUCCAGCUGACUAAAUCAAUUCAGAAGUUGCCAAUUAUUAUUAAUAGAAAGGUGCAUAUCUUGAAUAUGAGAUAAAUGAAGAGCAUUUGUCGUAUGAUUCAUAGGAGUUCUUUGAAAAAUUAGACAAUGCAGUAGCAACACAUAUCAAAGUUUGAUAUUUUUAAACAAAUAAAGAAAUAUAAAAUUAUAAUUCCAAUAAUAAAUACUUUA